CUGUUUUGUUAUCCGAUGCAUCCACACCGCAAAACACAUCCGAUAAAUUUAUUCUCUCGCACCCCGACGUACACAUCGAUCAAUUUCUUCUCCCCCUUCACACCAUCAUCUCUUCUCUUCUUCUCAAUUCUCACCAGAUCCGUCCAUUCCUUCUGCCCUGCAUAUUAGAUCAAUUUCAUCGCCGACCACAUCCAUAGCCGCCGAUGUUGCCUACGACUCCACCCCCUGCAAGCCGCGCGUCGACCGCCGUUUGAUCUACGACACUGGAGUCGUGACGACGGCGGUGCUCGGAGGUGAGUGGUGGGGAUUUAACAUCGACAACAAUGAGGGAGUUGUGACUAAUAGGCUAAUAUAAUUAGGAAUCUACUUAAUAGAUAUUUAGGAAUCUGCCUAAUAUCGAUUUAGGAAUACUUUGUAUUUUGGCAACUCUUCUACUAUAAAUAUAUCUGUCAGGACUCCUAUUGGAGUACCUCUUUCCCAUUAUUUCACAUGGUAUCAAGAGCUCUAGGUUUGUAGAUACAAUUUUUUUCUUUUUUCAGUUCCCAUGAACCUUAUUAUAGCCGCCGCCGCCUUGGGGUCAACUGCCGCCACAUUUACGGUAGUCUCCGAUCCUUUGAAGAUGAGCGCGGCUAAUAUGGCGCAGAUCACCUCUUUCGCGUCGCUGAACACGGUGCUUGCUUCCAGCAUGCCGUUGAGUUCGCCGCCUGCUGCUGCCUAUGUCCGCGCAGCCCACCUUCUCUGCGUCGCUGACCACGGUGCUUGCUUCAAGCGCGCUGUUGAGUUCGCCGCUUGCUGCUGCAGACAUAUAUUCUCAUGGAGAUCUUAUUGUCAAAGAUGUGCCUUCUAAUCUUCCGCUCACGAAUAUAUUUACUAAGAGUGUUUUUUUAGUUUGCAAUUUCAUUUUUUUUAAAAGACAACCUGCGCGUUGUAUCUCCCGCACAGUUUGAGGGGGUGUAAUAGGCUAAUAUAAUUAGGAAUCUACUUAAUAGAUAUUUAGGAAUCUGCCUAAUAUCGAUUUAGGAAUACUUUGUAUUUUGGCAACUCUUCUACUAUAAAUAUAUCUGUCAGGACUCCUAUUGGAGUACCUCUUUCCCAUUAUUUCACAGUGACGACGGUGACGGAUGUCAAUAGCAGUUGGGCGGUGAUGGUGUAUCGGUAGGGAGGCGGGGUAGGCGGUGCCGGCAUAUGGCGCCGGCGAGGGGUGGCGGUAGACGGCGCCGGCAGAGGGUGGUGGCGGCGUACGGUGAUGUCGGUGUGAGAGGCGCAUCUUCAAUUUGCCUGGAAUUCCCUGCGCUAGAAUUCUCUUUGAUUUAAUGAAAUGCAGUUCCUUAUUUAAAAUAAGGGUAUUAUGGUCUACUCAUGCUUAAAUAACUCCUACUAAACAUAAUGUCGGAAAUCGG